CUCCUGCCUGCCCAGCCUGGACUGCCCGUGUGGCUGGGGGAGGUGCUGCUCAGGCCUGAUGCUGAUCUCUCCUGACAGCUGUUCCUAAGGCUGGCAGGGCGGGCAGGCGGGGGAAGGGACAGAUUUAAAGGUCUAGCUGCUCCGCCCCCUGCCAGACCUGGGAAGGCAGGCACUGGUGAGCAUCCUCUGAGGGCAUGGCUCUCUUGCCUAUGAGAGGUCAGGAAACCCUGCGCCCUGAUUUCCACUUCUUGGUACCACGAACGCCACUGGUCUUCAUUCCUGCUUCCGCCCCACAGGACACCAGCGACACUAGCAGCACCCACCAUGCGAUUUCCACGCCUGACCCCUGGCUACUUUCGAGUGCUACAGAUGCAGAUAGCCGGGGAGCUGAAGGCAGAGCCCCGGAGUCCACUGGCUGGGAUUGUGGCUGCACUGCUGGCUGUCCUCGGGCUGGGCGGCUCUUGCUAUGCAGUCUGGAAGAUGGUGGGGCAGCGACGGCCGCCACAGGCCCCAUGAUGAAGCGGGCAGCCUCCACCUCGGCCCUGGGGGGGCUCCAGGCUUGAAGGGAUGGGAGGCCAGCAGACCCAUGAAUCCCAGGAAAGAAAACCCUGCGUUCCCUAGGGCCCGGAUCUCAACACCCCCAGCCCGAACGGCGGACCCUUCUCCUCCUCAGGCCGCAGCCGGCCGGGACUCACGCGCAGGCCAGACAGCGAUGCAGGCCGCCCCCUGGCAGGUCCGGGUCGGGCUCGGCGCCGGGGUCUGGUCGGGU